CUUCCCAAUCAGACCUGGGCUGCUCCAGCUGUGUCCUGAGGCGCUGGACCAGACACAUCCCCUGGGGCUGGAGUUGAAGCUGAACCAAGUGGCCAUCCCAGCUUAAGAUCAGAUUCCUGGUUCCGGCAACAGGCAGAGCCAGCAGGCAGGCAAGCGGGCUUUUGCUCAGAGGCCCCAGUGCUCAGCACGCUGGCUAUCCACAGGCGGAAUGGCACUGCAAGUGGAGCUGAUACCCACGGGGGAGAUCAUCCGUGUGGUUCAUCCCCACAGGCCCUGCAAGCUAGCCCUGGGCAGUGACGGGGUGCGGGUGACCAUGGAGAGCGCACUGACCGCCCGAGACCGGGUGGGGGUACAGGAUUUCGUGCUGCUGGAGAACUUCACCAGCGAGGCCGCCUUCAUCGAGAACCUGCGGCGACGCUUCAGGGAGAACCUCAUCUAUACCUACAUUGGCCCCGUCCUGGUCUCUGUCAACCCCUACCGGGACCUGCAGAUCUACAGCCGGCAGCACAUGGAGCGUUACCGGGGUGUCAGCUUCUAUGAGGUGCCCCCCCACCUGUUCGCGGUGGCUGACACUGUGUACCGGGCAUUGCGCACGGAGCGCCGGGACCAGGCGGUGAUGAUCUCUGGGGAAAGCGGGGCAGGCAAGACAGAGGCCACCAAGCGGCUGCUGCAGUUCUAUGCUGAGACCUGCCCAGCCCCCGAGCGGGGCGGUGCCGUGCGUGACCGGCUGCUGCAGAGCAACCCGGUGCUGGAGGCCUUCGGAAAUGCCAGGACCCUCCGGAAUGACAACUCCAGCAGGUUCGGGAAGUACAUGGACGUGCAGUUUGACUUCAAGGGUGCCCCCGUGGGUGGCCACAUCCUCAGUUACCUCCUGGAGAAGUCGCGGGUGGUACACCAGAAUCACGGGGAGAGGAACUUCCACGUCUUCUACCAGCUGCUGGAGGGGGGCGAGGAGGAGACGCUGCGCAGGCUGGGCCUGGAACGGAACCCCCAGAGCUACCUGUACCUGGUGAAGGGCCAGUGUGCCAAAGUCUCCUCCAUCAACGACAAGAAUGAUUGGAAGGUCGUCAGGAAGGCCCUGACAGUGAUUGACUUCACGGAGGAUGAAGUGGAGGAUCUGCUGAGCAUCGUGGCCAGCGUCCUGCAUCUGGGCAACCUCCACUUUGCUGCCAAUGAGGAGAGUAAUGCCCAGGUCACCACCGAGAACCAGCUCAAGUAUCUGACCAGGCUCCUGGGUGUGGAGGGCUCGACGUUGCGGGAAGCGCUGACGCACAGGAAGAUCAUCGCCAAGGGCGAAGAGCUCCUGAGCCCGCUGAACCUAGAACAGGCUGCGUAUGCGCGAGAUGCCCUUGCCAAGGCCGUGUACAGUCGCACCUUCACCUGGCUGGUUGCCAAAAUCAACAGGUCACUGGCCUCCAAGGACGCCGAGAGCCCGAGCUGGCGGAGCACCACGGUCCUUGGGCUCCUGGACAUUUACGGCUUCGAAGUGUUUCAGCACAACAGCUUUGAGCAGUUCUGCAUCAAUUACUGCAACGAGAAGCUGCAGCAGCUUUUCAUCGAGCUCACCCUCAAGUCGGAGCAAGAGGAGUAUGAGGCAGAGGGCAUCGCGUGGGAGCCUGUCCAGUAUUUCAACAACAAGAUCAUCUGUGACCUGGUGGAGGAGAAGUUCAAGGGCAUCAUCUCCAUCCUGGACGAGGAGUGUCUGCGCCCCGGGGAGGCCACAGACUUGACUUUCCUGGAGAAGUUAGAGGACACAGUCAAACACCAUCCACACUUCCUGACGCACAAGCUGGCUGACCAGCGGACCAGGAAAUCUCUGGGCCGGGGGGAGUUCCGCCUUCUGCACUACGCUGGGGAGGUGACCUACAGUGUGACCGGGUUUCUGGAUAAAAACAAUGACCUUCUCUUCCGGAACCUGAAGGAGACCAUGUGCAGCUCGGAGAAUCCCAUCAUGAGCCAGUGCUUCGACCGGAGCGAGCUCAGUGACAAGAAGCGGCCAGAGACGGUGGCCACCCAGUUCAAGAUGAGCCUCCUGCAGCUGGUGGAGAUCCUCAAGUCUAAGGAGCCUGCCUAUGUCCGCUGCAUCAAGCCCAAUGACGCCAAGCAGCCUGGCCGCUUUGACGAAGUGCUGAUCAGGCACCAGGUGAAGUACCUGGGGCUGAUGGAGAACCUGCGCGUGCGCAGAGCCGGCUUUGCCUAUCGCCGCAAAUACGAGGCUUUCCUGCAGAGGUACAAGUCACUGUGCCCAGAGACAUGGCCUACAUGGGCAGGAAGGCCCCAGGAUGGGGUGGCUGUGCUGAUCAGGCACCUUGGCUACAAGCCAGAAGAGUACAAGAUGGGCAGGACCAAGAUCUUCAUCCGCUUCCCCAAGACCCUGUUUGCCACAGAGGAUGCCUUGGAGGUCCGGCGGCAGAGCCUGGCCACGAAGAUCCAGGCCGCCUGGAGGGGCUUUCACUGGCGGCAGAAAUUCCUCCGAGUGAAGCGAUCAGCUAUCUGCAUCCAGUCCUGGUGGCGAGGAACGCUGGGCCGGAGGAAGGCAGCCAAGAGGAAGUGGGCGGCACAGACCAUCCGGCGGCUCAUCCGUGGCUUCAUCCUGCGCCACGAACCCCGUUGCCCCCAGAACGCCUUCUUCUUGGACCACGUGCGCACCUCUUUUUUGCUCAACCUGCGGAGGCAGCUGCCCCGGAAUAUCCUGGACCCUUCCUGGCCCACGCCCCCACCUGCCCUGCGUGAGGCCUCGGAGCUCCUGCGGGAGCUCUGCCGGAAGAACAUGGUGUGGAAGUACUGUCGGAGCAUCAGCCCCGAGUGGAAGCAGCAGCUGCAGCAAAAAGCCGUGGCCAGUGAGAUCUUCAAAGGCAAGAAAGACAAUUACCCCCAGAGUGUCCCCAGGCUCUUCAUCAGCACACGGCUUGGUGCGGAUGAGAUCAGCCCCAAGGUGCUGCAGGCCCUGGGCUCUGAGCCCAUCCAGUAUGCCGUGCCCGUUGUGAAAUAUGACCGCAAAGGCUACAAGCCACGCUCCCGGCAGCUGCUGCUGACACCCAACGCCGUGGUCAUCGUGGAGGAUGCCAAAGUCAAGCAGAGGAUUGAUUAUGCCAACCUGACCGGAAUAUCUGUCAGCAGCCUGAGUGACAGCCUCUUUGUGCUGCAUGUGCAGCGUGAGGACAAUAAGCAGAAGGGGGAUGUGGUGCUGCAGAGCGACCACGUGAUCGAGACGCUGACCAAGACGGCCCUCAGCGCCGACCGCGUGAGCAACAUCAACAUCAACCAGGGCAGCAUCACGUUCGCAGGGGGCCCGGGCAGGGAUGGCAUCAUCGACUUCACACCCGGCUCGGAGCUGCUCAUCACCAAGGCCAAGAACGGGCACCUGGCCGUGGUGGCCCCACGGCUGAACUCUCGGUGAUGAAGGUGCCCGCUGGACCCUCUCCCGCCUCCCAGUGCUUUGCUCAUCCCCCCUCCCCUUCCCAGUUACCAAAGACUCGAGCUUCCAGACAGGGACCCAGGGACACCUCGAAGCCCACCGACAAGCUCCCACCCCCUGCUCAUCCCUCUCCUGGGGGAGCAGCAGGGGCCAGGGAGCUACCCCAGGAGUGGGCCAGGCCGGGCCACAGCAAUAGGAAAGCCGGGGCCAGAGGCAGCCGUGCCAGCCCCACUGCCAAUGCCAAAUAUUGGAGAAAAGGGAACUUUUGCUGAGGUUUUUCUCUGAGAUUUUUUGAUGCUUUAUAGGAAACUUAUUUUUUUAAAAAGCCCUUUUCCUACCCCGAGACACACUGGAUGUGUUUUCCCUGACUCCAGCAGGGCAGGGAAUGUAGCUGGGAGGGUGGGCGGUCUGGGCCCUGGUGCCCUCUUCCCUGCCCGGGCCACCUUCGCCUCCUUGUUCCCUUGGCACCUUGUCUGUCUGCCUGCCCACCUGUACCCUUUGCAGCCCACUCCAGCAUCCCCCUGGGGCUGAGACCAUCCUUGCCUGGCCCCUCCUUCCUGCCUUAAAGAUGCCCUUCUAAUGUCAUGCCAGCCUGAGGGCAUCCUGGAGUGGGGGCAGGACUCUUAGACUGUGUAUUUUAGAAGCUCUGAGAGAUCAUCCAGUCUAGCUGCCUAGUGUGACAGAGCAAGAGACAGAGGCCCAAAGAGGGGAGGAGACUCGCCCAAGGUCAUCCAGCAGGCUGGGGCAAAACCAGACUGCAGCUUUGUCCUCAGCUCACCUCACCUCCUCUCCCAGGGACAGGGGGGCCCAUGAAACUGGCUCAUGUCUUAAGGGUGCACAUGGCUCCCUGACCAGCAAUCACCCUCGGGGGCCACCAGGUGGGAGGAGCCCUCCCGCCCGAGUUCUUGCCUUAGGAUGACAAACACCCUGCCCAUAUACUUUGGGCCCAGUUCCAGGACGAAGGGCCUUCACAGGCCCCUGCACCCCUCCCCAUCCUGGGAGCCUGGGGGAGGGGCUGGCCUUGGGAGGAGCUGCAGGGGCAUCACCUCUUUCUGCUGCUUCUCCCCCCACCCACCCCCACCCACCCCCACCUCCCAUGAGGGCCUAGGGCCUGCCCAGCUGCCUCUGCCCUCCUGGGAGUCUCAGUCCACUGCUGACACUUCUGCGAUCCAGAGAAACACUAAAUAAAGCAAUAUGUGUUUGCCAA